AUGGCUUCUAAUAAUCAUAAUUUGCUUAUCAUGUUGGCAUUAUUUGCCAUAACUUGUUCCAUUGCCUUGGCAUCUGAUCCUAGUCCCCUUCAAGAUUUCUGUGUCAAAGAUUCCAACAGCCCAGUGCUUGUGAAUGGCUUUGCCUGUAAGGAUCCAAAGCUCGUUGAUGCCAACGACUUCUUCUACAGUGGGCUUAACAUGCCAGGAAACACAUCAAACCCAGUUGGCUCUAAAGUGACUCUAAUAAAUGUAGAAAAGAUUCCUGGGCUCAAUACUUUGGGCAUCUCAUUGGCACGUGUGGACUAUGAACCAUUGGGCCUUAACCCACCUCACACACAUCCCCGAGCCACAGAGCUGUUCACUGUUAUACAAGGCACCAUCCAAGCUGGCUUUGUCACGUCAAACCCAGAAAAUCGUUUCCUAACAAAGAUACUUCACAAGGGAGAUGUGUUUGUUUUUCCAAAGGGUAUGGUUCACUUCCAGAGAAAUAUUGGGCACAGUAAGGCAUUGGCUAUUUCUACAUUGAGUAGCCACAAUCCUGGGAUUGUUACCAUUGCAAAUACUGUGUUUGGAUCUAAUCCUGACAUCCCUGCUGAUUUUCUAGCUAAGGCUUUUCAAGUGGAUAAGAAUGUAGUUUUAAAUGUUCAGUCAAAGUUUUAG